GGACCUAACCUCAAAAUUCCUUACCUCAAUUAAUGUUUACAUUAGAAACUAAAAUUUAAUUUAGUAGAACCCCAAUAUGAACACUCAAAAUGAAAAAAAUGAUAAACCCGAAAAGUCCCCCCAUACCAUAAUUAAGACAACGGUUGAUUACCAGCGGAUGAAACUUGAAAAGUUAAUGAAAAACCCUGAAAAACCGGUGUUAAUUCCCGAGAGAGCUAAAGAGAGGAACGCCCCACACGUUCCAGAUUUUGUGAGGAAUGUUAUGGGAUCGAGUGCCGGGGCUGGGUCUGGAGAGUUUCACGUCUACCGUCACCUAAGGAGAAAGGAGUAUGCUCGGCAAAAAUAUAUGCAAGAAAAAGCUAAAAGAGAGAAUGCGGAUGAGGAAUAUAAAAGAAAACUGGAAGAGAACAAAAGGUUAGCAGAAGAGAGAACGGCGAAAAAAAGGGCCAAGAGAUUGAAAAAGAAGGCUAAACAGAAAUUGGCCGCUAAAAAACCAAAGUUGACCAAAAAAGAAAGUUCAUCCGAGUCAAGUGGGGAGGGUUCAGAAGUGGAGAGCGAGUCAGAGAGUAAGGCUGAAGAAGAAACAAAAAAUAAAGUGGAAAAUGAAUCAGAGACUAAAGCUGAACAGGAAAUAAAUCACAUUAAAGAAAAUAAAGAGGGAGACGUAGUGGCUGUAAAUAUCGAUGAAGGUGUGUCAAAGUUAAAGGAAAAUAGUGAUAAAGAGGAGGAUUCAAAGUGUACAAGUGAGGAAAUUAAAGAAAGUUCAGAUGAAACUCAACAAAAUAAGAAUGAGGGAGGACCAGUUGAAUAAUAAAUUUGUUAAGUAAAGAACUAAUUAAUGUGUAAGGAUAGACUAACUUUGUAAUAAAAUAUUGUUUUACUUUA